AUGGUCAGAACGUUCACAUCUUCAUCGCCGUCCACCAAGAACAAUGCUAUUUCAAUAUUGGUUUCAUCUCAGCCGACUCUACCAACUCAUGGCAACAACUAUCAUUCCAUGACCUCUACUCAGAGUAGCAGUAGUGCAUCAUUUCCUUCAUCAUCAUCAUCCACAGCAACUCCUCCACCGACCAAACCAUUCCAAAGACUUUCAACCUCUUCUUCUUCCAAUAACAACAACAACAAUCCGAAUAAUAACAACUCUCCUACUUCCACAUCUCAACAACCAAAAAAGAAUCAACACCACAAGAAAGACCUUCCGAGUGGUAGCAAAAACACCAAAAAACACAAGAAGAAAUCUCAUUCCUCCUCCUCCCACAAACAUCUUCAUGAUUAUACCUUUUCCUUUGAGGCCAUUCUCGACGAUGAAGAAACCCGACUCUGCCUAUUGUUGUUCAUGCGUUCUCAGCGUAACGAAGAAAGCCUUCUAUUUCUCGAGUAUUGUAACGAAUAUUACCGAAAACGGUCAACGGUCAAUCGUUACACCUGUUUGCGAGAGAUACAUGAUCAAUUCUUUAAAGAAAAUGCACCACAUGAAUUGAAUUUACCACAACGUGAGAGGGAGAUGAUGAUCUUCUCGUAUAUGGACAUGCUGGAGGAGAUUGCUCAUCGUAAGCGUAUGAAAGAAGAAGAGCCCAUGAUGAGUUUGAGUAAUAGUAGCGGAGGAGGAGGAGCAGGAAAUACGAAUAAUACAAAUCAGCAGUCGGAAGAGGUUUCUCUAUCCUCGUUAGAUUAUUUAGAUUUGGGAGAAUGUGAAAGUGCAUUGAAAAAGGCUGAAAGUUACAUUCUUGUCAAUAUUAAGGAACAUGUCAUGCCUCAAUUCAUCGAGUCGCCCAUGUUUCAAGAAUUUAUUUCCACGAAAAGCAAAACAUUUUUGAAUACGAUUGGAACUGCUAAGAAUUUGUCGCAUAGUUGUUUUGUGGAAUCGCUCAUGGAGAUGAAGAAGUGUGAAAUGACGAUCGAUCAAGUGCGGAUGAUUAAGAAACAUGUUUUGGAUGAAAAGAAUUGGGAUUUAGUGUUUCAAAAAGAUGACUGCUAUGGAUACAUGUCUUCGAAUCGGUACAUUUUGGGACGAGAGGAAGAAACGAAUAAUGAAGGAGUCUUUUUUGCCAAAUGCGAAGUUAUUUUCCCGUACAGUUGUGAAGCAGUCAUGAAUAUCAUGACCAACGUAAAAGUACGACUUGGCAAUGACAAGAAUUUACACUCCAUUAAAAGAAUUGGCUACAGAAACAAGUCAGGAGUGAUCAAUUAUACUCAUUCUGGCUCACUUGCAAACUUGGAUGAAAGUAGAGAGGACAAUUGCGACAGUGCUUCCCACUCUAAUUACGACGACAGCGAAGAUAACGGUGAAAAUGAUAGUGAUGAUGACGACGACGACGAAGAUGAUGACAAUGACUACUAUUCGACCUCAUCCUCCUCGUCAUCAUCAGCAACGCAAAGCAAUCCCUCAUCGACCAUAUCUGGAAAAACAAAAUUAGCAACAGUUUUAAGUCACGAAGUUUACAAGUUGGCUUGGCCUUUCAAAAACAGAUAUUAUAUACUAGCUCAAUCCAUGUUGCAUGACUCUACUUCUAACAUGUACAUUAUUGCCAAGAAAUCAUGCGAACCUCCCAAUUACAAUCCUAAAGAGACGAAUUAUAUUAGGGCGCUCAACAUUGGUUGUUGGAUGUUUGCUCCAGUCAUACGUGAGAAUGUUGAACAUUGUAAAUAUAUACAAUUUGUUGGAACCGAUUUGAAAGGUUCAGUUCCGUCAUGGCUCAUUGAGAAAAUUAUUAAGAAACGAACUAAAAACUUUUAUCAAGAUACCAUGAGAAUGAUUCAAAAAUCAGAGGCCCUCGCUAACACAAGGCCUGAAGAUUCAUGUGGCUACUUUGAUACAUUGGCAGAAAAUGGAAGCAUUGCUUUGUGA